UCAUUUGAACACACACAGUCACCAUCUCAGGCCAUCUCGGGCUUUUGCAUUGGAAUUGAGAGAUGGUGAUGGUGAUGGCGAUGUUCUCCAUCUCCAUCCAAUCCCUACCUUCUCUUGUUCUCUCUUGUUCUUCUUCUUCUUCUUCUAAACAUACGAGUAGUAGAUCCCUCGUUUCUUUUUGGAAGCCUCAAGCUUGCUUUAGUACUACUUCUCAAAAGCCCAAGGUCGUGGUCACUAGGGAGAAAGGCAAGAAUGCCAAGCUCAUCGAUGCCCUGGGAAAGCAUAAUGUCAACUGCUUGGAGGUUCCUCUCAUCAAGCAUGCCCCAGGACCUGAUUCGGAUAGGCUUUCUGCUUUGUUACGUGAAAGUACAUUUGAUUGGAUCGUGAUAACUUCUCCAGAAGCUGCUAUUGUUUUCCUUGAAGCAUGGAAGGCUGCAGGAACUCCGAAAGUACAACUAGGAGUUGUUGGAACUGGUACAGCAAGUACAUUUCAUGAUAUAUCGCAGUCACUUAAUCAAUAUCUCGAGAUAAGGUUUACUCCAUCCAAAGCAACAGGGAAGGUAUUAGCAUCAGAACUUCCAAAAGUUGGAAGCAAAAGCUGUACCGUUUUAUAUCCUGCCUCUGUCAAGGCAGGAAGUGAUAUAGAGAAAGGUUUGUCUGAUCGGGGAUUCCAUGUCACAAGGCUGAAUACAUAUAAUACUGUAGCCAUUCAAGAGGUAGAUGCGAUGGUUCUUAAGCAAGCCCUUUCUACUCCAGUUGUUGCUGUAGCUUCUCCUUCUGCAAUACGUGCUUGGAAUAACCUUAUAUCAAAUCUAGGCAAUUGGGAUAAUUCUGUUGCUUGCAUUGGUGAGACAACUGCUGUAGCUGCAAAGAAAUUUGGUCUGAAGAAUGUAUACUAUCCAGCAAACCCUGGUCUUGAAGGGUGGGUUGACAGUAUUCUUGAAGCUCUGAGAGCUCAUGACCGACUCCAAAAGGACCUUGCUUCUUGAAUGCGGAGCGUGCAGUAACUCUGCAACCUUAGAAAGUAGUUGUAUUCUUAAUUGUUGAAAAAGAAGGCUGGUUUUGUUUUGUUAGUGAUGGUAAGCUUCAUAUUUUACCAAUGACACGUCAUCGUCUGAAAUAAUGGACUGGUUACUGACUACUGAGUGCACUGUGGGGAUGAUAAUGCUGGAAAAUGAUGGUGGUGGUGCUGGGUGUACGCUGUUCUCGCUUAAAUGAACUGACUUUCAGGAUGAGAACAUCAAACCAUGUGUUAUUGUUCAUUUAUGGAUAUCAUCAGGGACGGUUUCAUUUUUUGAUUUUCUGAUGUACUAAACAAGCCUUUUAUUAUAUUUUAUUAUUGUCAUUAAUAUGCAUAAUGGGAUCUCAUUUCAAUUUUUA